AUGCGAACCGCGGGCCGCCCCGCGCUGGCGCUGCUGCUGCUGCUGCUGGCCGGAGCCGGGCUGCCCGCCGCCGCCUCGCCCCCCGCCCCGCCGCGCUUCAACGUGAGCCUGGACGCGGCCCCCGAGCUGCGCUGGCUGCCCGUGCUGCGGCACUACAACCCGGACUUGGUGCGCGCCGCGGUGGCGCAGGUCAUCGGAGGUAGUGUCCCCAAGUGGGUCCACGCGUUGAUCGGAAAGGUGGUCAUGGAGCUGGCGCGCUACUUGCCCCAGCCCUUCACCGGCGAGAUCCGCGGCGUGUGCGACUUCCUGAACCUUAGCCUGGCCGACUGCCUGCUGGUCAACCUCGCCUACGAGUCGUCCGCGUUCUGCACCAGUAUUGUGGCUCAAGACUCCAGAGGCCAUAUUUACCAUGGUCGAAAUCUGGAUUAUCCUUUUGGAAAUACCUUACGCAAGUUGAUUGUGGAUGUGCAGUUUUUAAAGAAUGGGCAGAUUGCAUUCACAGGAACCACCUUUGUGGGCUAUGUAGGAUUAUGGACUGGUCAGAGCCCAUACAAGUUUACAAUUUCUGGUGAUGAACGAGAUAAAGGCUGGUGGUGGGAGAAUAUGAUCGCUGCCCUUUUUCAGAGACACUCUCCAAUCAGUUGGCUUAUCCGCACUACCCUGAGUGAGUCAGAAAACUUUGAAGAAGCUGUUUACAAAUUGGCCAAGACCCCCCUUAUUGCUGAUGUUUAUUACAUUGUUGGUGGCACGUCCCCCCAGGAGGGAGUGGUCAUCACAAGGAACAGAGGUGGCCCAGCAGACAUUUGGCCUCUAGAUCCUUUGAAUGGAGCGUGGUUCCGAGUUGAGACAAAUUAUGACCAUUGGAAGCCAGCACCUAAGAGAGAUGACCGAAGAACACCUGCCAUCAAAGCCCUUAAUGCCACAGGGCAGGCAAACCUCAGCCUGGAUGCACUUUUCCAGGUUUUGUCAGUGGUUCCAGUCUGUAACAACUACACAAUUUAUACUACAGUAAUGAGCGCUGCCAACCCAGACAAGUACAUGACUAGGAUCAGAAACCCAAGCUGAAAAUAAUUUUUUAAAAAUGAAGUUCUCGGAGAGCUACACUUUAAAAAAUAAGACAAAGUGAGAGUAUUGUACUAUUUUAUGAACAAUACAGACUCUUUCGUCAUUAAACUUUUCAAGCUUGUGAAGUGAAGGCAGGGGGCUGGAGCUUGUCGUGGUAAAGUGGGUGGUAGGCACUGUCUUGCAUUCUCUUCUCUUCAUGGUUUGCCUUGACCCUCGCUAAGCUUCUAUUCUGGCUUGAACAACUCAAAGAUAAUUGGUCUCAGAGGCCCAGCCAUAUCCUCCGGCUUUGUUCCCAGCUUCUCACAAUUCUGUUGUCAUUCCUCCCCUUUUCCACUGAAGAAAUGAGCUGGCGAGACCUCUUUGUUCAUUGUGAAGUGCUUCUGGAAGAGCCUACAAGAAAAGCUUCUUCUAAAAGAAAUGGAGGACCCUAGUUUGAAUAGAGCCUCUCUGAAUGUGUGUUAGUCUGACCUUUGAUUGUGUAUUUCCAUGGGAUAGGAUUUUUGUUUUUUAUAAUGUUUGUAACAUUUUUUUAAAAGCCAGUGGACCUCCUUUUUUCUAAAUAGUUUCUUACAGCUUUUUGAAAGUAAUAUUAAACCAAAUUAUUUCUUAUUGUC